AGGAUUAUAUAUCAUCAAAAGCUGGAAACAAUCGCAUAACUUAAAACAGCGGCAUUGGAUAGCUAGCGGAAUAUCUGUAUCAGGAAACCGAAUAGGUACCUAUCAUGCUAAUUAUGGAAGCACAAAAAUCGAGUCGAAUACAGAUAUGGUACGCUAGCGAUGACAUCAUGUUCCUCCAUCGUCCAAUAAUCUCCGAUAUCCGGAGUCGACCUCGUGUUCGAUAUCCCGCCAACCUAGAAAAUGUCCUCCAAACGUUCCGGUAGCACGGUUGGAUCCCGGAACUUUGACCCUGACGCGUUUUUCGACAGGUGGACGUCGAGCGCGCUUCCCGUCGGGAACGAUCUUCGGUCCGCCAUCAUCAAAGCGUUCGGGCUUCCUGCGGACGAUAGCUAUGUGUACCACGCGGUCGCGAGCGUCACGCUUGCUCAGGUGCAAAGUGCCAUUAAUGCGGGGCGUCAGCACGGGUUGCACGCGUGGUAUAUAGAGAAAUCAGGAGACACCACCGAGGAACAAUUCCCCGACCCAAAGGACAUCGAGGCCUACAUCGCCAUCUUCUCCCCCGUUACUAGCACCACCAAAGCCCUCGCCGCCUUCGCCUCCAACGCCAAAAAAGGCACCCCCCGCGCCCAUUCCGCCCCCCACCUCCACGCCCACCUCCUCCUCCCACCCGACACCAACCUCCGCCUCCCCGCGAAGGCGAAACCCGCAUCCCUCUACAACCCCGAGUACCGCAACCCCUACCUCGACCUCUGGUCCUGGUCCGCCCGCACCCUUGACUGGUCCGGCCCCACCCCCGCCACCGCCCACGUGAAACAAAGCCACCACGUUCUCCCCGUCCUCUACCACCACUUCGGCUGCGUCUGCCCCUCGCACGACGCGCUCAGCCUGAUCGCGCAGCUGUGCGGUUCGGCGGCGGGGCAACGGAAGGGGGCGACGCGGCCCGUGGUGGAGAUCGGGUCAGGGAAUGGGUAUUGGGCGUUCGUGUUGCGGAGAAGGGGGGUGAGGGUGUGGGCGGUGGAUAAUGCGGUGUCGGCAUGGCGGACGAUGUGGAUCGGGGAUACGAUCCGGGCGGAUGGGCCAGGGUUCUUGCGGCGGCCGCCGGGGGAGGUUGCAGGUGAGGUGGGGGGUGCCGGGGCGCCCGGGGCGGUGCUGUUGAUGGUGUAUCCGCAGGUGUCCGGGGAUUUUACGGCGCGGGUGGUCGAGGCGUAUACAGGGGAUACGAUAGUGGUGGCCGGGACGCAGAAUGAGAAUAGGUUCACGGGGUUUGCGGGGGAGACGGUGGAGGAGUGGAUGGCGAGAGAGAGGAAGAGAUUCGAGAAGAUCUGUCAGGUUCCGUUGCCGUCGUUUGCGGGGAAGGAUGAUGCGUUGUUUAUCUUUAAGCGGAUUGCGGGGGGAUAGUGUGUACGGGGGAGCGUGCGAGAGCGGAGAGCUUGCAUGAUUUCAGUGUAGGUGCAACUCCUUGUCAAUUGCGGGAACGUUGCUAGGUACCAGUAGAAACGUAUUUUUCUUGUCCUGCUCUAGAUUCAUGGUCGAUCUGUUUUGUAUAGGAUGCGUCGCUGUUGAUGUGCGUUGAAGAAUCACCACAAGGAGCGAUUCUCUUCGACUGUUGUACUC